UUUGAAUGCGUUUUAUUAUUGAAAUAAAUCAAGAACUAAAAGUGCAAAAAAUCAGGAAUUUAAAAUCAAUCAUGAUGUAUAUGACAAGGAAAUAUUGUAUAUAUAUAAUGUAAAUGUGUGUAAAAUUUUUAGUGACAGUUUCUUCUUUGCUAAAAAAAAAGCUAUGUAUCAGCAGCGACCACGAAAUGAUUACUCGAGAGUGAACAACAUGCGGAAGAGUAACUUCGACUUACUACACGCUAGAUCUAACGCCGUUCAUCAGCCACCGCAACCACAACCUCAGACACAAGUGUACAUCAUAGACAAGAACGACUUCAAGAGCCUUGUUCAGAAACUAACGAGUUUAGAAUCAUGUGAGCGUUUACCUCAAAACCAUCAGAAGAUUAUACCAGAGCCGAUAAACCGGACCUCAUCGGUUCCUCCAAGUUCAAUGUCGGCGGCUCAAGAGGAUCCUGAUGUCUCAUUGUAUAUGCGUUAUCUUCAAAGCUGCUUACUCGAAGAAUCAUCAGGAUCUAAUAUUAUUGGAGACCAAUUCCAACAACCAUUUGAUGAUGAUAAGUAUGAAUCUCACAUGCUGGUUCAAGCUCCUACGCAAUCAGUGCUACAGUACAAUGGUUUUGAACCGGUCAUCAUACCUAGUAGCAAUACUUUCCCCUCUUCCUGGUUCAAUGGCUCGCCCCAACAUAUGCAGCAUGAUGCUUCCUUACUACAAUCUACAAGAGUUGAUUAUGCACAACCACUUAACUUCACAUUUUCGUCUAUGACUCAACCUGGAGGCUUUGGUCCGGAUCUAGACUGUGUUAGUCUUGAUGAGAUUUUUGAUGUCCCAUACGAAAUAAAUUCAUAA